GCACCACCUACACCGCCUCGAUCACCCUCGCUGCUCUGCUCCGCCGACAGACACCUCUGCAGCCUACAGCCUCCACUGCACUCACCCUUCGGCCGAAGCACAGCCGCUCCUUGGCGCCACCGCCGGCCGCCGACUGCCGAGCGCCGACCGUUGAAGCCGUUGCUCCCGCGCUCUCUCUCUCUCUGCCCUCCUUAUUCUCUUCCCUCGCAGCUCUCCUCCCUCUCCUCUCCACUCACAUCAGCCGCAACGAUGCGUCUCAACGCCCUCCUCCUGGGCGCCACGGCGCUGCUCAGUCUCGCGCUCGCCGCGCCGGCACCGGCGCCGAUCGACUACGCCUUCGGCGACAUCCACAAUCCCAAUCUGCCGCAUCUCACCUCCGCCACCUUUACGCCCUCUCUCUCACACGGCAUGUGGCUCGUCGAGUUCUUCUCGCCCUACUGUCCGCACUGCCAGCAGUUUGCGCCCAUCUGGCAGGACGUGCUGGAGAUGCAGGAGCAUCUCGCCACCGACUCCGACUUCCACAUGAGCCGCGUCAACUGCAUCGAGCAGGGCGAUCUGUGCGAGGCGCAGAAGGUGCUGGGCUACCCUGCACUGAGACUCUAUGCGGACGGCCAGAUGGUAGAGCAGUACAGCGGCAAGCGCACCUACGACGACGUCACGGCCUUCGUCGUGGCGCGCGCCGCAGACUACCGCAAGCUGCGCGCCUCGCAGGCGCCUGCUGCCGCCGCUGCUCCUGCCCCCGCAGCAGCGGCACCUGCUGCCGCGCCGGCGCCGGCGCCGGCUGCUGCUGCUGCAGCAGGCGCAGCACAAUGAGAGCUGGGCGCACUGGGGCAGAUCAGGGUUGAGGGGCGCACGGGACGAGGGGAAACAUGAGGGAGAACGGCAGAGCAUGACAGAGGGGCAGCGAAGGGAACAGCAGGGCAGAUGGGGGAAGAAGACAGCCAAUGAGAUACCCCCGUACAUCCGUGAGUCUUUGCGCCACGCCCGGGAUGGCCGUGCAGCAGACAAAGAGUAGGCGGACCGCAACGGAGAGGAGCACAGCAGGCUGCCGAUAGGAAGGGGCGGGCUCGGGCGCCGGCGCGACGAGGACGGCGGGGGCCAGCACGUCGGGCGCGCUCCUUGCGAA